UCACCGUGGUUGGGGCGAGCGGAAGUAGGAAGCUCCAGCCGCCACAUUUUCGGGGCAGACAGAGAGUGCAGCAGGAAGUGCUCAGAGGUGGAACCUCGGGGCCAACUCAUCCCUUUUGGGGCCUCCUUUGGAGGGUAGAUGUGGAUUGCUGGUCCCUACCCCCUGUAGUUGCCCUAGUUUGUGCGAUGGGAUUGUGACAGCUGACCCUACAAGGGGUUCCCAAGCAUCCUCACUCUCUGGACCAUGGGUGAUGACCGAGUCCCAGACGCCCCUCAAACUGUGGAAUUGCUCGACUUUUGUUUGGGUGAGGACCCGCAGCCCCACUCAGGAGAAUGCUCUCUGGAUCCUCCCAAACCUUCCGAGAACCACACCACCCCGGCUUUGGACCUUCCUGAAGCCACCAGGCACCAUGCACUUCCCUGCAGCUCCGAGGACAUGGGGCCCACCCACCUGGGAAGCUGCUCCUCCCAGGAUGAGCCCAGGCCAAUGGCUGCAGCAUCCCCGGGACUGCCUGGGAACAGUGACCAUCCUCUAGGAAGCCCUCAGCACAACCAGAGCUCGUCCACACAAGUGGUGUUCUGGGCAGGCAUCCUGCAGGCCCAGAUGUGCGUCCUGGACCUGGAGGAGGAGUUGGAGAAGACCGAAGGGCUCAGGGCUGAACUGAAGUGCUGCCUGCCUACAACCCCUGCAGAGUUCCCAGGGACCACGGACUUGCACCCCAGUCCUGCCAUCCAGGAGGACUCGGGAGAAGACAGCAGCGGACCAGAGGAGGAGGAGAAGCAGGCAUGGCCGAAGGCAGGAACCCCAGAUGCCUCCCCUGAGUGGGGUGAGGAAGAGGAGAGCUUGUUUUUUGACAACCCCCUGUUCCUGGAGAGCCCUGACUCAGAGGCCGGUGCUUCCAGAGAGGGCUUCUCCUGGGAGUUCCCAGCCAUUGAUGCCACAGCCGCUGUGGAUGAAAACGCUGAGCCCAAGGGCCUGGGGACCCUGGAAGCCCUGGGAGCCCUGGGAGCCCUGGGAGCCCUGGGAGCCCUGGGGCUGCCCCCUGCAGGAGGGACAGCAGCUUGGGAGCUGGGGAGUGAGCUGGACUUGGAAGAUGAGCCCACUGAUCGCAGUGGGCACUGCACGCCUCCAUUCCCUGUGCCCACCUACAAGCUGCACACCUGUUACUCCUUGGAGGCCUCCGCCCAGGGAGACACCCCUGCAGUGCCUUCUGGCUGGGAGGAAGAUCAGACUUCUCUCAGGGACCAACUGGGCCCUGACUUCCCAGCAGCACCCAGUGUGGACGAAGGAUUGUCUUGGGAGCCAGCAAGCUUCGCAUCCGACUUCAGCCCUGCCUCACAUCCUGUGCAACCUUGGGCAAGUCACUUCGCUUCUCUCCACUCCACCUUAUCCACCUGGGAAAGCCCUGAUUCCCAGGGCUCAGACCCAGCAUGCUUGGGUGGGAGGUCCUCUGUGGCAUUGUUCUUCUGA